GCAGGAAAAAAGCACGAGCAUUUUAAAUUGGAGCGUGUUGCUUUGAGCAUGUUGAUUGCGGGUCCCGCUCUGUGGCUACUCGGGUCGAUCCACAACUCGUGCCAGGUGUACGAGAGGGCGGGCGGGCACGUACAGGUCUUGCAGCAGAGUGUUCUUAUCCCGUUUCUAAUGUCGAGCCUCUUGUUUCUCGUGGGUUCAGUUCUCAACAGUCGAGAACAAGUCGGGCAUGGUCACCAUGGCUUGAAGUUGUUG